AUGGCUUUAAACAGUUCAAAUGCAAUUCUGCAUAAUCGUCCGUAUCAUAGUGAACAACCAUUGCCAGAUGUUGGAUUUUUGGUGAUCACAAGUAUUAAUAAAGAAGAUGAAGGAAAAUAUUGGUGUAGACGUGACGAUACCAGACAAGAAGGUGAAAUUACAAACAUUCGUGUUGCUUAUGUUGAUGAUUUCCCAGCUGGAACAGUACCGAUCUUUAAGCCAAUAAAACCGAUUAUUGGCGAUAGAGUUGAAGCAACCUGUCCAAAGGUUUCUGCAGUACCAGAACCAUCAGUUGUCUGGCUACUGAAUGGUAAGCCAUUAGAUUUUGCAUCCGAUCGUAUCAGUGCAUUUAAUUCAACGUUACGAUUUCGGCGUUUUUUAAACGAAGAUAUCGGUCAAUAUGAAUGUGUAAUUUCAAAUUUUGCUGGACGAACAAGCGCAAAAAUAUAUGUUGAAGCUCAUCCAAAAGCCGUAGAUACCGUUUCAGUAACCACAUGCCGAAAUUUUGCAUCUCAAAGCGCUAUGCUUUGGUUUCUUGUUGGCAGUCUAGCAACAUGUUGCUUUCUGUUAUGCUAUAUGUUAACGGCAUUAUACUGCUUACGCCGAGGAACACAGAAUCGUAUCACCUUGUAUCCGGCAAUGUUUCUAAGAUCAUACAGUGGUCUUGGACCAGGCUUUAGGAAAACUAUUGUACCGACUCCAGAUGUUUGUAGGGAUCGUCGAAUACCUUGA